AUGGCAAACUGGCAGGUACAAUUGGAUGCUGUCAGAGCAGCUGAAGAAGACAUCAGUGUUGCAAGUACACAGAGCUCCAAAGUACAGGUUGGUAGGGAAGUAGCUGUGAUGCAUUCCCAAGCUCAUCGGGGACUCAAGUACAAGGAUAGCGGCGAUCUGGUAUAUCUUGAUUCAAAUGAUUAUAAGGAUGGCAAGAUUCCGGAGCAUUUUGAUAUGCAUGAUCCGAAGUGGUUUCGUUCGGGCGCAACAGGUCCGUCCCUUGACACUGGUUUGACAUUUCAUCUUUGCAAAGAUUCGAUGAAUGCGAAGAUGGGAACAUUGAAAGAGCUUCCGUAUAUGUUCAAUUAUGGAACAAAUGUCGGAGGAGGAAGGAAUCUAACACAUGAAGUUGAGAGCAAGCACAUGGAUAAUAUGUGUAAGUAUGGUGCCGAUGCCAUCUGUGAUGUGGACAGUGCGUCUUUAUUGGUAAAAGAAGGGUAUCGUAUUGUGAUGGAUACCAACGUAGAAAAUGCAUUUUUUGUUUCCAAAGAUGGGAAUCAAUGGAUUUACAGAGAAAUGGAUGGGUUGUAUACUUAUGACCCCCAUGAGGGGCAGAGUCAUUGCAAUGUGUGCAUGGAAAUUGGACCGACGGGUGAAGCCUGCAGUUCGUGCAGAGCCCACGGUGGUUUCGUGCCAGGUGAAUCGUAUCAUGGCGGCAACAAUAAUACAACUAGUCUACAUACUUCCCGUUACUCUGGUCUCCAAACUGUAAAAAAGAACAUAGAGGGUUACACCCCACGACAAGUUGACCGAGCAAACGCUGCAAGGUCCGGGUAUCACAUGGGUGGUGCACCAGGGAUUGAAGCAUUCAAAGUUGCCGUACGCUCCGGUUUAUUCAAGAAUUGUCCCAUCAGAGAAGAAGACAUUGUUAUUGCUGACAAGAUUUAUGGACCAAGCGCUUCAGAUCUUAAAGGAAAGACUAAGCGUCCUACCCCGGAAGCAGUCCGGGAUGAUUGGGUUGAGAUCCCACGUGAAUUGUUGGUCCACAACAUUGAUUUGAAUUUGCAUCUGGAUAUUGCAUUCAUCAAUAAGACAUUCGGAUUGACUACAAUUGAUGGUAGUGUCCGAUACCAAACUUUUGUACCGCUGCGUAGCAGGACAGCGGAGUCGUUGUAUGACGCAAUCGAUCACGUGUUGCGCAUUUACAACCAUGCUGAUUUUACUAUCAAGACUAUCUACUGUGAUGGUGAAUUUAGACCAGUUUUUGAUGAUGUUAAAGAUGAGAUGAAUGUUGAUAUGAAUUAUGCGAGCCGGGGGGAACACGAUCCCACGGCGGAACGAAACAACCAACAUAUCAAGGCGUUUUUCCGUGUCCAAUACCAUCGCAUGCCGUAUAAGGCCAUUCCGAGGAUUAUUACUGAAGCUAUUGCAAAACAAGUUGCACAGACUUCCAACUUUUACCCCGCCAAAGGGGGUAUUUCGGCUUAUUACAGUCCUCAUAUGAUUUUGUUGCGACGCCAAGUUGAUUAUUCGAAGGAAUUUGUUGCUGAACUUGGGUCGUAUGUCCAUGGUUAUAAACAUGUUACUCGCAGUGAUCAUCGGUCACGCACUAUUGAAGCGAUUUACCUGGGACCAGCUGAUAAUAUGCAAAAGGGUCACAAGCUAUAUGAUUUGAACACAAAAAGAGAGGUAACUAGACCUCGAAUUACGGUGCUCCCAAUCACUGAUCAAGUUAUCAAAUUGGUUGAAGCCCAUGCUGCUGAGGAAGGCGUUACAGAUUUACGCACCUAUUCCAGGCGCAAUGGAGAAAUAAUUUUGGAUGCUGAUCUGCUCGCAGGAGUGGACCCAGAUGAACUGUGGGACGAAGACUAUGUACCUGCAGAUAUUGAGAUUCCACCGGUCAAUGACAUGAAUUUGCGCAAGAAUGAUGCAAUCACAGAUGAAGAACUCGAAGAACUAAUCGAGGAUGCAGCCAAAGAUAUAUUGGAAUCUAGAAGAAUUGAUGAUAAGAGACAACAUGAAUAUGAUGAGGCAGAUAGAACUGUCGACCGCAUGCUGCAAAGAAUUAAGAGACGUCAAGAAGAAGACGAUGAAGACGAUAUGGAUUUUGUGCAGGAUCAGCAACCUGAAAGCGAUAUUGAAAUGGAUAUCGAUGAUGAAGAAUUAAAAGAUAUGAUUGAUGAAGUAGCCCAUGAGUUGGAUAGAUUGAGCCAACCCAUUGAAGAAGAAAUAAUGUUCAGCGUUGAAGAUGAAGACGAUGACUAUGAGGGUGAAUUUGAUGCGGAAGAAAUACAAGAACUGCAAGAAGCAGAAGACGAACCGCAAGUAUAUCCUGACAAAGAAGAUGAUGUUCGUGCAGGAGUGAGGUUUGAAGAAGUCCCCGUGUUGAGUACAACAGAUGAUUCGAAUAAAGACAAAAAAGGAGAACACGAAGUGGACGAUCAUUUUAUUCAAACGGAGUCAAGUAUCGACCCACAGAUAGGAAUCGAACUGACAGACCAAGAUAUGGACAAACGUACUUACAACUAA